AUGCGAGAAAAGGUUGCGGUCGUUGGGGCCGGUAUUAUCGGCCUUGCAUCUGCCCUCCUACUCGCAGAGGAAGGUCUAAGUGUCUCCCUCAUCGCCAGAGAGUUUCCGGGAGACGGUGGUAUUGGAUGGGCAAGCCCAUAUGCAGGUGCUACCCUGAUUCCUCCGCCAGAGAUGGGUCAGAAAGAAAUGGCCAAGGAGUCGAUCGCCUGGUAUCAAAGGCUUGCGAAAGAAGAUCCUAGCAGCGGUGUCCGCACCGUCAAAGCGACAGAAUACUUCACCGACCGAGAUAAUGAUGAUUCGAUAUGGUACAAAGACAUUAUGCCAGAUUACAAACUACUUCCGCAAGGUGUGCUGCCACCUGGCUGCAAAGUCGGAUAUUCGUUCCAGACCUGCCUGGCGAAUCCAGAAGUGUUCCUCCCCUGGCUGAAGACGAAGCUAGAAGGCCUGGGGGUCAAAUUCAUUCGCACCGAGAUCGGAUCAUUGAUUGAAGCCGAAGAAUUGACCGGUGCAUCCAUCGUUGUCAAUGCUUCUGGACUUGGAGCGAAAUCCCUCGCUAAUGAUGCAGCCGUGGCGGGCUACAGGGGGCAAACCAUGUUCGUCAAGAGCGAUUACGAUGAAGUCAGGCUGAUCAAUGGCGCUGAAUACACCUAUGUCAUUCCACGCAUGUUCUCCGGCGGCGUUGUUCUCGGAGGUAUUAGCCAGGAGAAUAACUUUGAUGACACUGUUGAUACCAGUCUACGGCAGGAUAUCUUGCAGCGGGUGAACAGAAUGACCGGCAAUGCCUUUGCGCACAUCAACUUGGAGACAGAUGUGGUCAAAGACCUCGUGGGCGUGCGGCCUGGCCGCAAGGGCGGUAUCAGAGUCGAGCUUGACGGCAGCACAGUCCAUGCAUACGGCUUCAAAGGGGCAGGCUACGUUUAUUCAUUCGGAGCGGCUGCGAAAGUGAAGCGUCUAGUUCUGGCAACCCUCCAGUCUCCUCGCACUGGACUCGCAAAGCUCUGA